UCUCCAGUAACCUUGGCAACAAUAGUUUAGUCAGGAGAAAGUAAGCGGGUCGUCAACAUUGAACGUAUUUUAUACGUUUCGAAGCGUGGAAAAUGUUUGUCUUUUUAAACUUCAGAUUUUUUUGGUGUUUCUUGGAGAUAUUUUCCACUUAGAAACGUCGCAWGAAUCUAAAUUUCGGACGGAGAGAUCGAUGGAACUAGGAAAUGGGUUCUUCUUUGACUGCAUCUCUGUUCCUGCUGCCUGUGGUCUUCUGGCGGUUUGUUGCUGCUGUAGGUCUGGUCUCAGUCAAAGCUAAAAUUGGAGCAGACGUCGUUCUGCCGUGUAAACCUGAUUGGAACAAAUCUGUUGUCAUGGUAGAGUGGUUCAAAACCGACCAGCGCUCGGCGCCCGUUCUUCUCUACAUGGACAAGGAGAUACAUGAAAAUCAGCUGAGAACCUAUAGGGGCCGCGUUUCUCUGGUAGACCUAGAGACAGGAGACCUGUCUCUGGUGCUGAAGAAAAUGGUGGACGAAGACGUCGGAAAGUAUGAGUGCAGAGUUGAGCUGGGACCAGAACCGACAGGCAGACCCAUAACAGUGAAAACCACCACAGUGAAAACCACCACAGUCAAAACCACGACACGCCGACCAAGUGGACACGGAGAUGAAGUGGAAGUACCCGUUCACAGCGACAAACGAGGAAUGAUCUACUACACGCUGAACAGUGACCCGGUCAGCAUCGUUGAGCUGACAGUGCUCAGAGGUCAGUCUGUUACUGUAUCAGAACCUCCCUCUGUACGCCUGCUGAACCCGGGGGUCAAGGGUCACAGCGGCCCACCGGCAGCAGAUAACAGCCCACCAGGCUGAUGGCACUCUGGUGAAACUCCAACGUCUUUUAAACUGAAAAAUUCUCUCCGAGUUUCUCAUUAAGUCAAAAUUGAGUCAAAGCAACAAAUGAAUAGUUUCAUCUUUCAGUC